AUGGCUGAACAACUUGACAUGGGUCGUCUCAACAUCAACGACUCCCAGCACAACCCCCAGAACGGCUUCAGCGGCGAGCGUUCUGCGUAUAUCCCCCCUCACCUUCGCGGCCGCCCUCAGGGAGGCCCUGGAGGCCCUGCACCUAUGGAUGGCCCGCCCAUGAUGAACGGUGGUCCUCCUAUGAACGGCAACAACGGUGGCGGUGGCGGCUGGGCCAACGCCCCUAACUUCACUCCUCGUGGUCCCCCUGGUGGUGGAUGGGGAGGCAGCGGUCAGCGCGGCGGCUUCGAAUCUAAUGGCUAUGGAAAGUCUGGUGGCGGUGGCGGCAACGCUCGUGGAUCUGGUGAUGGCGCCUGGAAAGAUGGCAAGCACGUUCCCGGCCCGCCUAACCCACGUCUCGAGCGUGACCUCUUCGGUGUCCCCAACGACCCAUCGAAGCAGCACACUGGUAUCAACUUUGAGAAGUACGACGACAUUCCCGUUGAGGCUUCCGGUCAGGGAGUUCCCGAGCCCGUCACACGCUUCACGAACCCGCCCCUCGAUGACCACCUGCUGAGCAACAUCGAGCUCUCCGGAUACAAGGUUCCCACCCCAGUACAAAAGUACUCCAUUCCCAUUGUCAUGGGCGGCCGUGAUCUCAUGGCUUGUGCUCAGACUGGUUCUGGAAAGACUGGUGGUUUCCUCUUUCCCAUUCUCGCUCAGGCCUUCCAAAACGGACCCGCUCCUCCUCCACCUUCAGCACAGGGCGGUUACGGCCGUCAACGCAAGGCUUACCCCACAUCCCUUGUCCUCGCCCCCACUCGUGAGCUGGUCUCCCAGAUCUUCGACGAGGCCCGCAAGUUUGCCUACCGUUCUUGGGUUCGCCCCUGUGUCGUUUACGGAGGUGCCGACAUUGGUUCCCAGCUCCGCCAGAUUGAGCGCGGCUGUGAUUUGCUUGUUGCCACGCCCGGUCGUCUGGUCGACUUGAUCGAGCGCGGCCGCAUCUCACUUGCUAGCAUCAAAUACCUUGUUCUCGAUGAGGCUGACCGCAUGUUGGACAUGGGUUUCGAGCCUCAGAUCCGCCGCAUUGUUGAGGGUGAGGACAUGCCUCCCACCGCUGGCCGCCAGACACUCAUGUUUUCGGCCACCUUCCCUCGCGACAUCCAGAUGCUCGCCCGUGACUUCCUGAAGGACUACAUCUUUCUUUCAGUCGGUCGUGUUGGUUCCACUUCUGAGAACAUUACCCAGAAGAUUGAGUAUGUCGAGGACGCUGACAAGCGCUCCGUUCUCCUGGACAUUCUCCACACCCACGGUGUUGGUCUCAGCUUGAUCUUCGUCGAGACCAAGCGCAUGGCCGACUCACUGUCCGACUUCCUCAUCAACCAAGGUUUCCCUGCCACAUCUAUUCACGGUGACCGCACACAGCGUGAGCGUGAAAAGGCCCUCGAGAUGUUCCGAUCUGGACGCUGCCCUCUUCUUGUCGCGACUGCUGUUGCUGCUCGUGGAUUGGAUAUCCCCAACGUCAAGCACGUUGUCAACUACGACCUGCCCACCGACAUUGACGACUACGUCCACCGUAUCGGUCGUACCGGACGUGCUGGAAACACUGGUAUCGCAACUGCAUUCUUCAACCGUGGUAACCGCGGUGUCGUCCGUGAUCUCAUCGAGCUGCUGAAGGAGGCCAACCAAGAGGUUCCUAGCUUCCUCGAGUCCAUUGCUCGCGAGGGCUCUGGCUUCGGUGGCGGUCGCGGUGGACGUGGAGGUGGUCGUGGCCGUGGCAAUGCUGCCACCCGUGACGUCCGUCGUAUGGGCGGUGGUGGUGGCUUCGGCGGCGGCAACGGCGGCAGCUGGGGCGGCUCUCAAGGCUAUGGAGGAGGUGGUUACGGCGGCGGCCCCGGUGGCGGUUAUGCUGCUCCAGCCCCUGCCUACGGAGGUGGCGGUGGUUAUGGUGGUGGUGGCUACGGCAACCCAUCUGGCCCCGGCGGCAACUCUUGGUGGUAA